AUGUUAGAUAGACAUACUUCACAUGCGAUUACCCAUCCGCAACCAAUUGUAUGUCCCUCAGAAGAUAUCCCAAUUAGACCGGACUCUGCUAAGUACAUGCCGACCAAGCUUGAUUUGACCUUUGAAAAGAUUAGAUUUAAAGAUGUACUAGAUAACUUGUCCGAUACAUUGCAAAGUGGACAAAUGACUGCUAUCUUAGGACCCUCCGGUGCAGGCAAGACCACAUUACUGAAGAUCUUAGCCGGCCGAAAACAAAAAUCAUCGGGUCAGAUAGCACUCAAUGGCCAAGAACUUUCCGAACGCAUGAUCAGAAAGUGUACAGCUUAUGUUCACCAAGAAAACCAUCUCAUAGAUACACUAACUGUUAGAGAAAUGCUUAUGUACACCGUACGCCUCAAAGCACCCCAAGAACAAGAUCCAGAAGGUCUUGUACAAGCUUUACUAGAUACGUUGCAUCUAACUCACGCCCAACACGUUCGUAUUGGCGAUCCCAUUAAUGGUGGAGCCGGUAUCUCUGGUGGUGAGCGCAAACGUCUCUCAGUUGCCCAAGAACUGAUCAGUAUGCCAGGCAUUCUCUUUUUGGACGAGCCAACUAGUGGUUUAGACGCGCAUACAUCUGAAUCUCUUGUGCUUCAUCUUAAACAUCUUGCCAAUGCGGGACUUUUGGUAGCCAUGACUAUUCACCAACCGUCCUCUGAUGUUUUUGGUCUUUUUGAUAAGAUAAUUCUCAUAAGAUCGGGUGGCAUUGUUUAUUCUGGACCAAUGUCCGAGUGCUUACUCUACCUAGAAGCUUUAGGCCUACCCUGUCCCAAGUACACCAAUCCAGCCGAUCACCUCUUCCGCGUCCUUGACCGUCUACCUCUCUGGCCCGGUAAAGAACAUGUUCCUGCUCUCACUAACGAGUCUUUACUUGCCUCCUUAAAACUAUCUAGUCUGGCGGCUGUAGAUGCCCGUUCAACUAUCCAAGCACUUCCUAAUGAUACACCCAUAGAUUUAGCCGAACAGAAUAGUGAUGAUAGUACAAUGGCCCUACGCACCCGUCUAAGCAAUACAGCUACUAUUUUAAACACAAUGUCCCAAACUCUUCCCCACCAUCCCACUGCCAAGCAAAAUACGGCUUCUUUCUUAUCUUCACUAGCCACUACAGCUAGAGAGACCCAAAUCUUAACUUCACGUAACUUCCUCUGUGCUUAUCGCAACAAAAAGUACAUGAUUGCCAAAUGCGGCCAAGCCCUCUUCGUGGCCGCCGUAACAGGUACUUUCCUCUACAACAUUCCCGCCCAGAAAGACUACCAAAUUGAAACCAAUGUUAAUGGUUGUUUCUGGGCUGUCACAAUGGGUGUCUUUGGUUCUUUCUCUUAUGGAGCAAUUACAGUUCUCUUCUCAGAUCGUAAGAUCUUUAUCAAGGAGUACGGGUCUAACUACUACUGUUUCAGUGCCUACUUCAUUGCUAAAGUCAUGGUUGACUUCAUCAUUACUUGUGUUCAUCCCUUAGUAGCUGUACCUAUUGUUUUUGCUUGUGCCCGGAUUGGUUCAGUCUUCCAUGUUUUCGGCUGUGUUGUUCUUGGUGGAGUCGGACACUCUCUGGGACUGCUAGUGGCUUCGGCAGUUGAUACGGCAGAAAUAGCCCUAGCUAUCUUCCCAGCUAUUGUUUACCCAAUUAAUCUCUUAACUGGUAACUCAAUUGAUCCAGAAACUCUAGUUCCUUGGGUACGUUUCCUACAGUAUGCCUCGCCUACUCGCCAUCUCUUUAACAUUAUGUUCAAAUCUUACUAUCACAACAAGACAAAUCUUAGUCCAAAAACCUUAUCAAUGCUAAAUACCUUUAUUACUAUAGAACAGUCCCUUGCUAUCCUUAUCUUUGCUUAUUUUAUUCUUAUCUUUUUAGCCGGUAUAACCCUAAAAAGGAAAGUCACUCGGCAAGCUAACGGCAAAAAGUAA